AUGGACUCGUACCAGAAUUUCUUCUUCGAGGUGCCUUCGGUUUCUGUCGCGGCAAAGAUCAGUCUUGGAUUGUCUACGCUGGUCGUCGCGUUGGUGAUAUUUUUGGUUGCACCGAGGGUAGUGCUAAAUAGCGUUGCAGAUGGCAUUCUAUCGACCAUCUAUCGCAUUCCUACGACGGAUAGGAAGAGAUCAAUACCAGGGCCAGCAUAUACCUUCCCCAAUGGCCAAAUGAUCGAUAAGUUCCUGGCAGCGAAAGCGAAGAGCUGGGAAUGGGAGGAGAAAUAUGGCAAGACGUAUCGCAUUUGGGCAGCGAGUAUUCCGGAAGUAGUCAUCACAGAUCCCAAAGACGUCGAAACCCUCUACCAAGAUUCCGCAGACCACAACAAGGCGCACCAAGCAAAUGCCGGCUGGCUACUCACCCAACUCCUCGGAUCCGGUCUGGGUCUCAUAAAUGCACCCCGCUGGAAUGUGCUCCGCAAGACCCUGGACCCGAUGUUCUCCCAUCGCACUGCCGUACGUUUCUUGCACGAGAGUCUCUACAGGGGGGCCGAGGAAUACGUCGCGGGAAUCCAUCGGUUCGCACUGCCAGUGUCCAACCAGGAAUCAAAGCACCAAAAGGGUGUCGUGAUAAACGCGACGCAGGCAUUACAGCGAUAUCCGUUCUUCGAGGUCGCGUCGAUGUUCUACGGGAAGAUGAGCGACGAGGAGCAAGAACGGCUGUGGGAUCUGGGUCGUCGGUAUUCGCAAGUUUUUGCGGCCAUCGUGGCGGGCGGGAUCCAUCGGACCAAGUUUACUAAGUAUCUUGGGACGAAUGCGUAUCAGGAUGCGCGGGAGUAUCAGCGUUUGUGGAAGAGUUUCAACGCCGAUGUGUAUGGGGCUAGGAAGAGUAGUGCGCCUGAGACGCCCAUCGUGCUACUGAUGGAGGCGGCAGAGCGAGGCCAGCUGACGGGGAACGAGGUGACAGAUACUAUUGCGGAGUCGACCUUUGCGAACUUGGAUAUCGUCACGCAUGUGAUUUCUUCCUGUAUUAUUCUCUUGGCAGACUCGCAAGAAGUCCAAGAUGACUUGUUGGCGGAAAUGCAGAGCAAUCAGAAGGGAAAAGAGGAAUACAUCGCUCGGAAGGAUACCCUGCUUCAUUAUUGCCUUCUAGAGUCCCUUCGUCUGCGACCGGUUCUAUCAUUCACCUUUCCCGAGAACCCUCCCCGAGAAAAGAUCCUAGGCAACUUCAUCGUCCCCAAAGAUACCACAGUCAUCGUGGAUGCCUUUGCUAUUAACAUCCGGAACCCCUUCUGGGGCCCUGAUAAUCGUGCAUAUCGCCCCAGUCGGUUCGAGGGAAUCAAGCAGAGCCAGGUAGGAGCAAUGCCAGUCAAGCGAUCUAAAUGAAAUCAAUCUAACCGAUAUCUAGCUGCGAUAUAACCUCGCUACAUUCGGCUACGGACCGAGAAAGUGUCUUGGGCAGCAUAUUGCCGAUAAGAUCAUCAAGUCGGUCGUAUUUCACCUCUUCAGCAAGUAUCGGGUAUCACUUCAACCGAUGCAGGCGAUUGAGGGGGAUUUCAAGGUUGAUAAGACGAGCUGGGUGGCGUUGUAUGAUGUGGAUUUGAGAUUGGAGGAGAGGGCGGAGGCGGCUGGGGAGGUGAGAGAUUCCUGAGCAUUGUAGGAGAUUUCUCUGAAGCAGGAUUUGAAGAUAAGGUUACGACUCCAAAGCAAUAGGCUGUCUCUUAGAUUCGGCUCGCGAAAGGCCUAGGUAGAAUGAACGUUGAAGUUUAUGACCAAUUUCUUUGUUUACGAUCCCAGGUAAUAACUAAGGCGACGUCCAAUUAAUUCCAAACGAGUUCCCGAAUUGAAAGAUUCUUCAGAUAACACCAUGGAAUGAGGUGAGCUCGGCCCAACGGCAUGUAAA